AGGGGAAUAAAAGUAAUUAUUGGAUGUUUUUUAUGUUGAAAGAAAGAAUCGCCGGUGAAACGAUUUCACUUAUCUUUUUUAUUCUUUCUCUGUUCUUAAAACCACCCCACCUAAAUUUUGUCAUCUUGUCUCAUUUCGUUAAAUAAAAAGAGGGAGGAGAUUAAAUACCCCCAAUCUGAGAUCGAUCGUCAUUCUCAACGCGUUUCGGUUGCAUAGCCGAAUAGUUGAUAGGUGAAAGUCGACCCUUAAGACGCGCUCUAAGGGCCUGCCCAUAGUCGCAUCACCGCUCACGCCGAGACCUCUCUAAGCGCAUUUAACUCCUCCCCAAUGCUACCAACCGAUCGGAAUCAAACAUGACGGCCAAUUCGAACCGGUUCUCGACCUAUACAAGUACCUCCGUCGGUACCGGUACCGGUUCGGAGGGAAAGAAGGAUGACCAGAAGAGGGACAUGUGGAGUUCUAUGCUCGACUCCGUCGCGAGCGGCAAGAGAUUACCCGAGAAGAACUUGUUGGUCCUAGGGGGUUCUGUAGAUUCGCAGCGAGACUUCCUCGAAGCCCUAUCAAGCAACGAUACACGAAAGAAUCUCGACCGGAACAACCAGAAGAUACCGCCAAUCGCCAAUAGUUUCGCGCUUGGUUAUACAUAUUAUAACGUCUUGGACGCAGACCAAGAAGACAUCCUUGCACGAAUAUCUCUCUACCUGCUCACAAGUCCGGCGCCUUCCUUUGCCUCGCUCAUCAAGCCCCUUUUGACUCCUCAAUCGAUUCCAAAUACCUUAAUAGUAAUACUCCUCGACUGGUCGCAGCCCUGGUUAUGGAUGCGACAACUGCGGGAAUGGCUACUACUCCUGCGGACGGUCAUCAUGUCUCUAAGCCCAGAAUGCAAAGAGACUAUGGAAGAGUCCAUGAACAGCUGGAGAGAUCGCGGCCGAACAGGUGGAUCUGUUAACUUGGACGGGACAGGUGCGGUUGCUGCUGAGGGAGAUGUUGCGCUACCUCUUGGACCGGGCGAGUGGGAAGACGGACUAGGCUUGCCGCUGUGUGUCGUCUGCCAAAAUUCCGAGAGGAUAGAUUAUUUGGAAAAGACCCAAGGAUGGAAGGAAGAGAAGUUCGACUUAGUUCUUCAAUAUCUCAGAACGGUCUUACUAAGACAUGGAGCUUCUCUUAUCUACACAACACCGUCGAUGGCAUCGCCUCUACAGACUCUCGUUCAUGCCAGUCUUGGAAUUCAUUCACUAUUAAAACGCACGCCCUUAAAGAUAAACGUUAUUGACCGAGACAAGAUUGUGGUACCUCCGAACUGGGACUCCUGGGGCAAGAUCCGAGUACUACGGGAUGGUUUUGACGUGGAGCAAGUUAGCGAGGGUUGGGUAAUAGAUCUGGACCAACCUUUUCCCAUGCCCAAGAGAGACGGGUUGGGUGACGCCAGCGAACCGAAUGGCGAUAUAAAUGGCAUCGACGAACCCGAAGGGUCAGCCGUCGUAUUAUAUGAAGAGCAGGUUCAAGACACAAGCCUAGAUGCCCUGCAACUAGCCCAGGGAAUUAAAGACACAAGCAGGUUGGAGGUCCCCUCGGUUGAUACGCAAGCUUUCCUCGCGAACCAAUUAGAGCGGCUCGAACAGGCGAAGAAGGCAGACGAGAAAGCCGGUAAGGACAACUCUUUCGCGCAAAGUGCAACCGACGACAUGAUCAGCGAUCACAUUGGCCCCGUACAAUUCAAUAUGGGAGGUAUCCAGGUAGAUGCUGACGAUAUGGUACAACGCCUUAAGGAUCGUCAGGCCUACGGUCACUCUCCCGAACCUCAUCUGGACGAUGAGUCUCAACUGGAAGAAGGAUCGGCUCCAGUUGACACAGAUACGCUAGCCAAGUUCUUUGGCAACUUGAUGAACAGGAAACCUACCACACCAGGCCCCGUGACUAAGGCAUGAUAGAAGUAGGGCGCGUGUGUAUGGCGGCAGAUACUCGGUAGUAAACUUGUCCGUACAAACGGACGAUUAAACUUAAUACCAUAAGGGGCGCGCUUGGCACAUACUAUGUGCAGCCACGCAACGCAUUACGAUCCACGAUCGGCUCACGACGAAGGAUCCGAAUUCUUUCUCAUCUGUACAACUACCUACGGAAACCAUAUCAUGUCGGUGUCGGAGAGAAGGAGAAGGGGGGGGAAGUUACCACGUUACCAAGGGAGGGGAAAUUUUUUUACUUAUUUGUUUCCGGCGAAGGGUGAGAAGACAAGAAAAAAAAGAGAGAGCCUCGCAUUAACUAGCACGUACUCGGAGUUUAUCGGCCGUUUCCGCCUCGUGUCGUCUUUUUUUGGUUGCGUCUUUUCUGUGUACCUAUCUAGUACUUGUGUUGUCUUGGCUAAGGAAACCUUGGAGGAGGGUUUGAAGAUGAAGGUGAAGAUGGACAACGACAUGGACAAGGAGACGGAGAAGGAGAAGGAGGAGGAGGAGGAGGAGGAGG